AUGAUUACUGGGUCUCAUUUAUUUGGCGGAGCCAUAGCGUCCAAAUACCGAAAUAAGGUGGUCGACAAGGACAGAGUCAGGCCAUCGAACUACCAUUUUGCUCACCAUUCCAAGGACAAGGGCGAUAAAAGCGACUUUAAGCGAGACUCGCCAGUGCGAAAUGGCAGCAGCUCGGAUGCACCCGUCCCGUCUUCAUCGACGCAACGUCCGGCGUCAUUCUCCAUACCGGAAAAGCCACAAGUCACAAGCACGGAAAUCGGAGUAGACACCUGUCCAUUGAUCUCCCAAGCGGAAGACCAUUCGCCCACCACGAUCUCGGGCUACACCUUUGACGAAUACCGCACCCCCUCACAAACACUUCUUCAAGGUGCUUCCUCUCGUACGCUAUCUGAUCAAGUUAUAGAAGCUAAAGUGCACCAAAUUGUGGAUAUACCCACAGGAAACCCUAUAUUGACGGCCAUCGAUAUUCAACGAAAAGAGAAAGCAGAAUCUCUUCCUCCUCCAACAUCUGAACAACCAAGAGCGCUUGAAAUGAUGGCACCUGCGGCCGAGUCGAUGGUUAGGAAUAACGAGGACUUGAGCGUACCCUACAACCAGCUUGGGAAUGAAAGGGUUGCGCCUCCACCAGGGUUUGAACCAAGGAAUAUGAACCCUCAAGUGACAGUCAAGCAGCACGAUCUAGUAACAUCUGAACAGCCAAGAGGGCUUGAAAUGAUGGCACCUGCGGCCGAGUCGAUGGUUAGGAAUAUCGAGGACUUGAGCGAACCCUACAACCAGCGCUGGAAUGAAAGGGUUGCACCUCCACCAGGAUUUGAACCAAGGAACAUGAACCCUCAAGGUCUGGUCAAGGAGCACGAUCUAGUUUUCAAAGAUGUUCCAACACCGGCCGAAUCGCCCAGAUUUCACCGAAACCCCUCGUUUUCCGCAUCAUCUUGGCAAGAAAUGCAUGGUGACUAUCUGAAUGACCUUCCAGACCUUGGGGAUGAUCCAGGAUUCUAUUCCGGAAUGAGCCAGAGUUCUUCAAUUUUAACCGAUCCGGACGGUAACAUUCCGAGUCAACAUAUUCCCAGCCAACCGACCAAUAUCAUGGAUAUGAGAGCAACGGGCACUAUGAACUAUAGUAGACCUGUACAAGACUAUCCGCGUCGCCCCAUGUUGAACAUGAAUACUGGUAUGAUCAUCAACCCAAAUGUCAACAUAUCCGCGCCACACAUCAACCCAAACAUGCACCUAAGGGCACCCCAAACACCACCUGGGCCUUACCGGGCGGUGGGUCUAGGAUGGAUCCCACCAGUUCCUCGUUGGGCACAAGUAGAUGCGACGAAUUGGACCCCGCCGGUGAACCCCGGCCACCUCCAACAUUCGACUUGGUCAUCUGGAGCACGCCUGGCCACCCCCAACAUUCAGCCUUACCCAUAUACCGUCCCUCAACCCAAUAUCAUGUCGUACCCAGGACCUAGUGCGCGGCCGGGAUCGUACUUGAACAUGAGGCACGCACCGGAAGCUCGGCGCCCUCCUCCCAUUUUCAUACCACCCCAGCUACCCAACCGCGCGGUGCUAGAUCCAACAAUUCGUGAAAUUCAGCAAGAGAUGCAGCGGCUCAAGAGUCGGCCCACCAGGCAGCUCCCUCUACGUGUAACAGCACAGGCCAAAGUUUCAAACGCCCAAUAUGUAUACUCAGCUCGAGUAAGUAAUGGGAGGUAG